GGAGGCGGGGCCGCGGCCGCUGACCCGCCGCAGUUGCCAGCCUGGAGGCUCCGAGCUGCUGAGGUCUCCCUCAGUCCAACGGAGGAUGCCGGUUCGGCUCCCGGGGGUCAUGGGAGACUGAGUGGAGACCGGGGACUUUGCGAGUUGAAGCCUAGACCACGGGAAGCUGAGCCGCCACCUAAAGUGGACUCCGAGACCGCUGGAGCGGGGCGCCGCGCGGGAACCAUCGGCCAAGCGAGUGAGCGUGCACUCCGAAGGUUUCCGCAGGCCUGGUGUCCAAGCUUCCCCUGAGUGUGGACUGGGGGAUUAGGGACUUGGUGCGAUGAGGAGUCGGAGUAACUCAGGGGUCCGCCUGGACGGCUAUGCUCGGCUGGUGCAUCAGACCAUCCUGUGCCAUCAGAAUCCAGUGACAGGACUGCUUCCAGCCAGUUAUGAUCAGAAAGAUGCCUGGGUCCGAGAUAAUGUGUACAGCAUCCUGGCUGUGUGGGGUUUGGGCCUGGCAUAUCGGAAAAACGCAGACCGUGAUGAGGACAAGGCGAAGGCCUAUGAGCUGGAGCAGAGUGUAGUGAAGUUAAUGAGGGGACUGCUGCACUGCAUGAUCAGACAGGUGGAUAAAGUAGAGUCCUUCAAGUAUAGUCAGAGUACUAAGGAUAGCCUCCAUGCCAAGUACAACACCAAAACUUGUGCCACAGUGGUGGGUGAUGACCAGUGGGGACACCUGCAGUUGGAUGCUACUUCUGUGUACCUGCUCUUUCUAGCACAAAUGACUGCCUCAGGAUUGCAUAUCAUCCACAGCCUAGAUGAAGUCAAUUUUAUACAGAACCUUGUGUUUUACAUUGAAGCUGCAUAUAAAACUGCUGACUUUGGGAUAUGGGAACGUGGAGACAAGACCAACCAAGGCAUCUCAGAAUUGAAUGCGAGUUCUGUUGGAAUGGCCAAGGCAGCCCUGGAAGCACUAGAUGAAUUAGACUUGUUUGGUGUGAAAGGUGGGCCACAAUCAGUUAUCCAUGUUCUGGCUGAUGAAGUACAACACUGCCAGUCAAUCCUAAAUUCACUGCUGCCCCGGGCUUCAACAUCCAAAGAAGUUGAUGCCAGUCUGCUGUCAGUGAUCUCUUUCCCAGCCUUUGCUGUAGAGGACAGCCAUUUGGUAGAGCUCACCAAACAGGAGAUCAUCACCAAGCUUCAGGGUCGUUAUGGUUGCUGUCGUUUUCUACGAGAUGGAUAUAAAACUCCUAAAGAGGAUCCAAAUCGUCUAUACUAUGAACCAGCUGAGCUGAAGUUAUUUGAAAACAUUGAGUGCGAAUGGCCAUUGUUCUGGACAUACUUUAUCCUUGAUGGAGUCUUCAGUGGGAACGCAGAACAGGUCCAAGAAUAUAGAGAGGCUCUUGAUGCAGUUCUCAUCAAGGGCAAAAAUGGAGUCCCACUUCUUCCAGAGCUGUACAGUGUUCCCCCUGACAAGGUUGAUGAAGAAUAUCAAAAUCCUCACACUGUGGAUCGAGUCCCCAUGGGAAAAUUGCCUCACAUGUGGGGUCAGUCUCUAUACAUUUUAGGAAGCUUGAUGGCAGAGGGAUUUUUAGCUCCUGGAGAAAUUGAUCCCCUGAAUCGUAGGUUUUCUACUGUGCCAAAGCCAGAUGUGGUGGUUCAAGUGUCCAUUCUAGCUGAAACAGAAGAAAUCAAGGCCAUUUUGAAGGACAAAGGAAUUGAUGUGGAGACCAUUGCCGAGGUGUACCCUAUCAGAGUACAGCCAGCUCGUAUUCUUAGCCACAUUUAUUCCAGUCUAGGAUGCAACAGUAGAAUGAAUCUCAGUGGACGACCCUACAGGUUCAUGGGUGUGCUUGGAACAUCAAAACUCUAUGACAUCCGCAAAACAGUCUUCACUUUCACUCCACAGUUUAUAGAUCAGCAACAGUUCUACCUGGCUCUGGACAACCAGAUGAUAGUAGAAAUGCUUAGAACAGAUCUGUCCUACCUCUGUAGCCGCUGGAGGAUGACAGGCCAGCCCACCAUCACUUUCCCCAUCUCACACACCAUGCUUGAGGAAGAUGGAACCAGCUUGAAUUCAAGUAUUCUGGCAGCACUCCGAAAAAUGCAGGAUGGCUAUUUUGGUGGGGCAAGGAUCCAGACAGGUAAAUUGUCAGAGUUUUUGACAACAUCUUGCUGCACACACUUAAGCUUCAUGGACCCUGGACCUGAGGGUAAGCUGUACAAUGAAGAUUAUGAUGAAGACUAUGAUGAGCUGGAAUCUGGCAACUGGAUGAUGGAUAGCUAUGAUUCAACAAGUAAUGCUCGCUGUGGUGAUGAAGUUGCUCGUUACUUAGACCACCUUUUGGCACACACUGUUCCCCAUCCUAAACUAGCUCCUACCUCACAGAAGGGAGGGCUAGAUCGGUUCCGAGCUGCUGUGCAAACAACUUGCGACUUAAUGUCCUUGGUGACCAAGGCCAAGGAGCUGCAUGUACAGAAUGUUCACAUGUACCUUCCUACAAAGUUAUUUCAGCCUUCUCGCCCUUCAUUCAAUUUACUUGACUCGCCUCAGUCUCCACAAGAUAACCAGGUUCCUUCUGUUCGUGUAGAGGUACAUCUUCCUAGAGACAAAUCUGGGGAAGUGGACUUCCAGUCGCUGGUUUCACAGUUGAAGGAGACUUCAAGCUUACAAGAGCAAGCUGAUAUACUCUACAUGCUGUACUCAAUGAAAGGACCUGACUGGGACACUGAAUUGUAUGAAGAAGGAGGUGCUACUGUCAGGGAGCUUCUUAGCGAACUAUAUGGCAAAGUUGGUGAAAUUCGGCACUGGGGUCUGAUCCGAUACAUCUCUGGGAUCUUAAGGAAGAAGGUGGAAGCACUUGAUGAGGCCUGCACAGACCUUCUCUCAUACCAGAAACACCUGACGGUAGGACUUCCUCCAGAACCUCGCGAGAAGACAAUCUCUGCACCUCUACCAUAUGAGGCACUCACUAAGCUAAUAGACGAAGCCAGUGAAGGAGACAUGAGUAUUUCAAUCCUUACACAGGAAAUAAUGGUAUAUCUUGCCAUGUACAUGAGAACUCAGCCUGGCCUCUUUGCUGAAAUGUUCCGACUUCGAAUUGGUCUGAUCAUCCAAGUUAUGGCAACAGAACUGGCUCACUCUCUUCGAUGCUCAGCUGAAGAAGCCACAGAGGGCCUGAUGAAUCUGAGUCCUUCUGCCAUGAAGAACCUCCUGCACCACAUCCUCAGUGGCAAAGAGUUUGGAGUGGAACGAAGUGUUCGUCCCAUUGAUUCAAAUGUGAGUCCUGCUAUUUCCAUCCAUGAGAUCGGUGCUGUUGGAGCAACAAAAACAGAACGAACUGGAAUCAUGCAGUUAAAAAGUGAGAUAAAGCAGGUGGAAUUUCGUAGACUGUCUGUCUCUACUGAGAGUCAGACCAGUGGUGGUCAUCCCUCUGGUGUAGAUUUGAUGUCACCGUCCUUUCUGUCACCUGCAGCCUGUAUUGCUGCAAGUAGUGGAUCCUUUUUUACUGUGGAUGGUCAACAGACAUCUAAAGAUAGUCGUCAAGGUCAAUGGCAACGGCGGAGAAGACUAGAUGGAGCACUAAAUAGAGUACCAAUCGGAUUUUAUCAAAAAGUAUGGAAAAUUUUGCAAAAAUGUCAUGGACUUUCUGUGGAAGGUUUUGUUCUUCCUUCUUCAACCACAAGGGAGAUGACCCCAGGCGAGAUUAAAUUCUCUGUCCAUGUGGAGUCUGUCCUGAAUCGUGUACCUCAACCAGAGUACCGCCAGCUUCUGGUUGAAGCUAUCCUUGUCCUUACCAUGCUGGCAGAUAUUGAAAUUCAUAGCAUCGGAAGCAUCAUUGCUGUGGAAAAAAUAGUACACAUUGCCAAUGACUUGUUCCUUCAAGAACAGAAAACCCUUGGCGCAGAUGACGUCAUGUUGGCAAAGGAUCCUGCAUCUGGCAUCUGUACUCUUCUGUAUGACAGCGCACCCAGUGGCAGAUUUGGCACAAUGACCUACCUCUCCAAGGCAGCUGCUACCUACGUGCAGGAGUUUCUGCCACACAGCCUCUGUGCCAUGCAGUGAGGGCUGUGGGUUCUGGCUGCUGGAAUCCUUUCAGCAUCUGGUCCCUGUGUUGGUUGAUUGUGCAUGGAACUGAAAUGUUAACACCUGACCACUCUCCAUCCCUCCCAAGAAGAGAGAACUUUGCUGAUAAUCUCACUACUUUUGAAGAAAAGAACCCUCACUUGGAGACUCACUCCAGUGUAAAGGUUCAACUGGGUCUACAAUCACUAUCCUUGCUUCUUUUAUGGUUCAGAAAUGUCUGCAUGUGUUUUUACUCUGUAGAACUGUUACCAGCUUUGUUUUCUAACUCCUUUUGAGGAACAGGUAUUAAUAAGUUAUUCUGAAGACCUUAUUCUUAUUUCUGGGCUUCCUUUCUUUUUUGUGUAUAUGAGUGGUAGGUCUUAAUUGGGUCAUUAUUUCAAGAGAGUAGAUGCUAAAUUGUUGGAUUUUAUACUGCUGUAAUUUUGAAAUGUCUAUUUUAAGUGCCUUAAGAAACACCAACACCAGAUCAUGGCUUCCUUCUUCACUCGAAGGCUGAUUCAUUUUGAGUGGUGAAAUAGUUUCUUUGUCAAAUAUUGCCUUUUGAUGUUGACCUUUCUAUAUCUGCCCAUGUUGCCUGCUCUGUGGUGAAAUAUUAAAAAGUGUAAGCUCACAUGUAAGUUUAAGGAUUUCUAUGUUAAUACUUGAAGUCACAUUUUAUGAGGACUGAUGCUACCAGGCACAUAUUUGAGGACACAUGGAAUAACCCAGAAAAAAAUGGAGCCAGGAGCCCAAUUCCAGAGAGGAAGGGAAAGGGGAGGUUAUGCAGGUGGUGCUUUACACACAGGGAGUCAAGAGACCACCAGAGGCAAGUAGGUUAAUCCUUGCUGGAGCACAGCCCACAUACAACACAGAGAAUAACUGAAGCCUUGAGCAAAGAGAAACCCAGCAGUCCAGUCGGAGCACCUCUUUCCUGUUCUUUUGUUCUCCACCUCACCUAUUCACACCCCGCCACACUCAAAUCUCUCCUUCUCAUCUCCCUCCUAUCCCAUAUCUGUUCUUCAAUUCUUUCACCUAUGUUUGUUUUCACUUCUCAGUUAUACUACUUAUAUCCUUUAAUCUUGGUAUCUGUGGCCAAAUAUCUAUUCUUAUACAUAUUUCUGUGUGUUUGUAAUGGUUAAAUAAUUGUAUUUUGAGUGUGUCUGUCCAUCUCUACAUUUAAUGGAUUGAAUAACCAUGUGGGUAACAUUGCAAACCAAGCCUGGUCAUACUCAUUGCUAAUCUGAGAACUUGAGAGGCUGAAGCAGGAGGAUCGUGAGUUCAAAGCCAGCCUGGGCUACAAAGCAAGCUCCAGGCAAGCCUCAGUAUGAGACCCUGUCUUGAAACAUUUUAAAGCAUGGGAGCUAUGCAGCUGGCCUCAGAUUGACACACAAAGGAUCGCAAAAAUAUACCUUCCAUCCCAUUCUCUGGUCCCAUGUAUAGGUAGCCUGGCUUAGCAGAGGUUUUCUUUGUUUUCCUUGUUUCUACUCGACUCCUCUUUCCCUCAGAGUUUUAAGGGUUUUCUCCCAGAACAGUAAUGAGUAUGAUGGGGCUAGUGAACUCAAAACAGUCACAGAAUCGGGAACAGUCUUCCAGGCACACUGUCCAAAUGCAGUGAGCUAGCAAACGGGUGGUAGAAGCAAAGGCAGGGUGGCCCCCUUUCCCCUCUCACAGCCAUGGGAACACACAGUGAAUAGCUUUCUGAGUGCAUGGUUUUCCGGUCACUUUUGAGGAGAACAUACAACCUGUUUGUCUCUUCACAGCCUAUAAGUACCCUAGUCACGGGAAACACACCCAGCACUGCUUGUGGGAACUGCCGCUCCUUCCUGGACCUCUUUUCUUGAACUGACUCCAAUGCCUGCAGUUCUCUGGAGUUUCUGACUUGUCUGUUGAUGGAAAGCCCAGGCAGUGGCAUUUAAUUUCUAAAGUAACUUUCCAGAAAACAUUACUGGUAUUUUGUUCUUUUUUUCUUUUGUUCUUAUUUUUUCGAGACAGGGUUUUUCUAUGUAGCUCUUCAUGUCCUGGAACUCACUCUGUAGACCAGGCUGGUCUCGAACUCACAGAGAUCCGCCUGCCUCUGCCUCCCGAGUGCUGGGAUUAAAGGCGUGCGCCACCACUACCUGGCUAAGUAUUUUGUUCAUUUUAAGAGUGUUAAUAUGAAGAAAGAAACAUGAUGGAACUUUUUACAAGCACUUUAUGUUUUGAAGUUAGAAUAAAGAAUAAGAAUUUACUGUG